AUGACCACCACCAACAAAAUCAGAGACAUUUUGGAAAUCAUCGAAGACGAAGAAAAUGGAUUGAUAUUCGAGAAGAAUGUUUCGAUUCCAUUGAAGUCAUCUCAUCUUCCUGUGAGAUGUAACGUCUACCGGCCAAUUGCCCCCGAAAGUGCCAAAUUUCCUGUCCUUGUAACAUAUGGACCUUAUGGAAAAGAUAUUCCUUACGAUAAUUUCUUCGCCAAAUCUUUCAGUGAAGUAAACCCUGAGCAUAAAAGCAAAUAUAGUGCUUGGGAAACCCCAGAUCCAGUAUUCUGGACAUCUAAUGGUUAUGUGGUGGUUCGAGCAGAUGAGAGGGGAUUGGGGCAAAGUCCUGGUCUCUUAGAUACCAUGUCUCGAGGCACGAGCGAGUGUUUUUUUGAUGUUGUUGAAUGGGCAUCUGAACAACCUUGGUCGUCUGGCAAAGUUGGAUUGUUGGGGAUUAGUUAUUACGCCGGCAGUCAAUGGCGUGUAGCAGCUCGAAGACCAAAAGGUCUUGCAGCUAUCAUUCCUUGGGAAGGCAUGACUGAUUAUUAUCGCGAUCGAUGCAGACAUGGUGGAAUACUCUCGGAUGAAUUCAUUCGCUUUUGGUGGAAUAGACAGGUCAUUACGAACCAAUAUGGUCGGCCUGGGCGCGCAGCUUCGAAAUGGGGUCAAGAUACUAUUGAAGGGGAUAUGGAUGAAGAAACACUUAUCAAAAAUCGCAACGAUCAGAAUAUCGAUAACGAAAACAACCGCUUUUUGGAUGAUGAGUAUUACAAGUCAAAGGACUUCAAUCUGGAGGAUAUCGAGGUUCCGGUUUUGUCGGUGGCGAAUUGGGGAGGUAUCUUAUUGCAUCUUCGAGGCAAUGUCAAUGGCUACAUGUGGGCAGGUUCCAAGUUCAAAUAUCUUCGUUUCAUCACUGGACGUCAUGAUCUUCCCUUUUAUUACAAAAAGGAAGUAGAAGUACAGAAAUCCUUCCUCGACGCUUUUCUCAAGGGAGAGGAUAAAGUAGGUUGGUCUGUCCCCGGUAAAGUCAGUCCCGUGAGUGUGAUUCUUCGAAAAGGAGAUGUUGGAUUCAACAAUGCCGAAGCGGAGAUCAAAUAUGAACGGAGAGAAGAAACCGAAUGGCCAUUAGCAGGAACACAAUACACCAAGUAUUACCUCACACCAGACAAAACACUCUCCAACAACCCGCCAACAUCAAGCGCAGACAUAAUAUCAUACGAUGCGUUAGGUAACUUAAAAGAUCCGAAACUCGUCCAAUUCACCAGCGCGCCAUUCGAGCAAGAAACAGAAAUCACCGGCCACAUCACCGCCCAUCUAAACAUAUCGCACUCACCCUCCGCCGCCGCAACUGCCCCCGAAAAAGACAUCGACAUAUUCCUGACCCUCCGCCACAUCUCUCCCUCAGGCAAAGAAGUGUUUUACACCGGCACAGCCGGAGAUCCUAUCCCACUAACCAAGGGCUGGCUCCGAGCCUCUCUGCGAAAAAUCGCAGAAUCCCAUCCUCGAAAUUUACCCCAUCAACCAUAUCGCGAAUAUCGCUCAACAGACGUUCAAGAAGUCACGCCCGAAAUAACCUAUGCGGUGGAUUUGGAGGUAUGGCCUACGAAUGUGGUGGUGGAGAAGGGGGGUCGCAUUGUGUUUGAGGUUAGUUCGGGAGAUACGCAGGGAUGUGGGAUAUUUGCGCAUGGGAAUUUGAGGGAUAGGUAA